AUGCAGAGGUCACAGUACUUUCUUUUGCUGUCAAUAUUUCACUUUUGGCUAAUUGGGAAUGCAAAAGCAUUUCUAGCAUCAGCAUUUUCUACUAUUUCUGGCAGUAAUCGAACAGCAAACUGCUAUGAUUGGAGUUUUUAUGGGCCCUGUUUUAGUACCAACGACCGCUCAUUUUGGAGCACACUUCCAGAACAAUGCUACCGUAAUCGGUACAUGUCGCUGAUAACUUCAAUUGGUGCGCCAAUUGUACAAAAAGUGAUGGAUUACGCUGAAUUAUUCAACAAAUCCGCAAAUGCAUGCGGCAUGUGCAAUAUUCAGCUAGCAUGCAGUGCCUUUUGUGAUAAUUCUCCGGGUGAAAAUAAAUUUGGCAUUGCUGAACGCAUUUGCAAUUUACCAACGGAAAAGCAAGCAUGUGCGAUGACAUCGCAAGCUUACUAUGCUGGGAAAUGCCAAGUAUGGCCACCGAGGUACACAACAUCGGUUGAUUUUCUUGGUGCCAUAGUACCACCAUUAAUCCGUCAACAAAUUUGGGAUCUAAAGCCGUUGAAUUGCAUUAAUAUUGGCACCAAAUGUUAUUGCUGUUGUGUGCCAUACAAACCAAAUCCGUGUGACGCUAAAUGUACGCUAAAACCGUGUAGUAAUCACCGAUCCUUCACGUCUAAUCAGAUUAUUUUGUUGCGACAGCAGUGGCUGAAACAAAGUCAAAAUAAAAUGUGA